CAGAUGUGUUACGACCUUUAAUUAAAACCGGCGUGUGUUUGUAUACAAGUUUAGUGUAGUUUAUCGUAAACUUAGAGGUAAAUUGCUAAACUUUUUAAAACUUUUCCCGCCAACAAUAAGACAUAAAAUUCAGGAAAAAAAUUGUGAAAAAAAUUGGUUAAAAUCGUGUGAAAACUAGGCACUAUUUUGUGCCGAGAACAUGGCGGACUCCAUAAGGGACCGUGAACACCUCCUGCCUAGCGGAGUAAAGCGGAAAAAAGCUAAAACGCAGCUCGUCAACAUGUCAGCUAUGCCCGCCACUAAUUCAACUGGAGGAACUGGCCGUGCAUCUAAAGGAAGGAAAAGAAAAGUUGAUGUGGUUGAAAACAAUGGAACAACUGAAGGAGUAUCACCAGGAAAAAAACCCAAGUCUGUUGCUAAACCAGGAGAGUGGACCACUGAUCAACAAUUAGACUUAGUGGCCCAAGUAGAACGACAGAUUCCAGCAAAUGAUGUUCUUUCGUUUAAGAGUCGAUCCAGCAAAAUCGUGUGGGAAAAUAUAUCGUGUGACAAUUUCAACUCGGAUGAAUGCAAGAAAGAAUGGACAAAGAUGGUGGAUGGUGUCCGAAAGUUCAGAAUAUUGAAGGAAAUAUGUAUGGAUGCUAAAAGUCACAUACUUAAGCCACCAGCUAAUAAGAAGUAUCCAGACAAGCCAAAGAAACCACUUACACCAUAUUUCCGCUUCUACUUGGAGAAACGACAGAAAAUAUUAGAAGAAAAUCCUCAUAUGUCUGUUGCUGAAAUUAGUCAGGUUGUUGCACAGCGAUAUAAAUUACUCUCCGAGAAGAAAAAGGGCAAAUAUGUAAAGAAGUACGAAGAAGACAUGAAAUCAUUUGAAGUAGAGAUGCAGACAUUCAGGGACAACCAUCCAGAUUUUGUAGCAGCCACAGCACCACGUGCUAAAAAAGCUGUAGCACCAGUAAAGAAAUCCAUGACACCCUACCAGAUUUUCCAGAAUAAACGAGUUGAGAGUGCAAUCAAUUCAAAUCCAAAGAUGAGUAAAAAAGAGAUUGAAGAUCUGUUAAAGGGACAAUGGAAAAGCAUGACUGACAAGAAAAAAAUGGUCUUCAUCAGAGGUGCAAUCGAGGAAUUUAAACAAUAUGAGAAAGCUGUUGUGGAAUACCAGAGGACUCAUCCUGAUUAUGAACCAAAAGUUUUUAAAUCAAUAUUAACAAAAGCAGAACAGAAAAUUAAAGACAAAUCAGACGGAAAACCUGACAGACCUCCACCGAAUGGAUAUAGUUUGUUUUGUAGUAUACUUAUGAAUGAACAUUUGUCACAUAUACCCAGUAAUGAAAGGAUGGUAGAAUGCAGUAAGCGAUGGAAGACAUUAUCACAACAAGAAAAAGAUCUUUAUCAAGAAAGAUCCAAUGCUGCCAAGAAAGAAUUUGCCAUCAAAUAUGAAGAAUAUUUAGAGAAACUGCCAGAAGAAGAACGUGAGAAGUUACUGAAAGAGGAUAAAUCGAAACAACCCAGACUUCAAUCAGAUAACAAUGGCAAUCUGCAAAUAAAGUAUCCGGACAGACCAAAAAAACCCAUUUCUGCCAUUUUUCUUUUCUGCAACGAAAGAAAAGAGAAAUUUUUAAAAGACCAUCCUGGUAUGUCCAUGAAAGAAGCAAAUCAGACAUUAAUGCAGAAAUACAGAGAAUUACCAGAGAAAAAGCAGGAGAAGUACAAGAAGAAGGAAGCAGACAUGAAAUCUCAAUAUGAAAAGCAAAUGAAUGAAUUUGUGAAAGAACACCCUGAGUAUCUAAAGGAAACACAAAAGAGAAGGGUCGGAAUUAGAAGGAAUCAAGUCUUGCCUAAAACACCUGAAGAACUGUGGAUAGAAAGUAAAACAGAAGAAUAUGUUCAGAAAAACAAAGUGACUGUAGGGAAAGCAAAUGAAGCCUUGAAAGACCAAUGGGCAAGGCUUGAUAAAGCUUCUAAAUUACCAUGGCAGAAGGAAGCUGCCAAACAAAAGAAGAACAUUGAGAGACUUGAGGAAAUAGACAAGAAGAUACUGGCUGAAGAACCCAAGAAACCCCCACCCAACGGAUAUGCUUUGUAUACAAGAGAAAUGUUACAGAGUGAGGAAUUAAGGCAUCUGGAAAACAAAUCUAGGAUACAAGAAAUUGCAAGAAGAUGGAAAAUGAUGCCUGACCAAGAAAAAAAGAAAUACAAACUGAAGAGAGAUAAAUUGUUUAAAAAAUUUGAAGAACUACGUGAUAAAUUUGAAAAGAGUCUUACGCAAGAAGAGUUAAAAAGAUAUAAGGAAUUGUCCGAACUAAAGAAGGGCCGAAGAAAAGUUGCUGUGAAAGCUAAGGUACAAGAAUCUGCAAGUGAAAGUGAUUCAGAAUCUGCAAGUGAAUCUGAUAAUGAUGCAGAUUCUGAAAGUGAAUCUGGGAGUGAAUCUGAAGAGGAGGGGUCUUCAAGUGCCAGUAGUGGUAGUGAAAGUGAGGCAUCUGAAGCAUCAGCGGCAGUUAAGCCUAAAGCUGCAGUGGUACAGAAAGCAACACCUGUAGCGAAUCAAGAAGAGAGUGAAUCUGAUAGUGAUUCAGCAUCUAGUGAAUCUGGAAGUGAAGAAUCCUCGUCAGAAGAAUCCGAAGAAGAGGAAGAACCACAACCAAAAACGACUGCCAGAUCUAAACCUCAAGCAAAACCACAGACUGCACCAAGAAAACGACAAGGCAAACAAGCCGAAUCAAGUGAAUCGGAAACUUCAGGCGAGGGUGAGAGUGACAGUGGGACUGAGAGUGAAUCCGGUUCUGCAUCAGAUUCGUCAUCAGAAGAAGAAUAACAUUAUAUAAGGUAUUCAGUUUCU